UAACAGGAAAAGUCACUUGACCUUUGUCUUUGUGCACAAUUCUUUUUAUUUUUUUCAUUCAGUCUUUGCUCACAUCAGCUUUUACCAAGUGUGUUACCAAACAAGGGAAUGUUAUGUUGGAUUUGUAUUCCCCAUGUUCACUACUCUAACAGACCGUACUUUAUUUAGGGCAGAAAGGGAGGACAGUGUUCAGUCCUACCAAAAACGGAUUUAUGUUAGUUCAAUCGUUUCCAUUGAUAUGGUUUACCUCACAUUGUUGAAUCUGAGAAAAUGUAAGUAUAGAGACAGAGGAUGUGCUGAUAUGCAGAGAGCAGAGUAUCAUUCAAGACCAUUUUAUUCCUCAAUUUAAUUAGUUACCUCCUUUUGUUUCUUGCUGGAUUCUAAUUUUCAGCAAACUUUUAACCAAAUUGUGCAACAGCAAAACAAUGCAAGUCAACAAUUUUGAAAAUGUUGCAGUAAAUUUAUCCUCAUCUUGCCUGUGAAAACUUUGACUGCAAGGUGUGUAGGAACACGGAGAACAGAACAUUCUGUUACCAAACCGGUCUACUCUGACAAUGCAUGGAAAAUUAAUUAGUUAGCAUGUGCCCUAUCAAUGAUUCAGUAAUAAGCUGGAACAAAACCUUAUCACUCAAUGUGGCCCAAAGUUAGUCUGCAAAAAAGAAAAGAAAAAAAAAAGAAAAGAUGAUCAGACUGUUACAACACUCUGACGCCACAUGAGCCAUAAUGCUUCUUAAAGUCAUUUAAAAUCAUAUAUCCCUUGAUAAAUGAUGAAAGAGUAGAGUCCAUCUUCCCAGAGAAAUGUAAAUUCAAACAGAUGAGAGCCAGACAGAACAUGUCAUGGGAUAAGGUAUUCUCAGGUAAAUGCAAUCCCCACAGCGCUAAAUCUGUCCAGAUUAAAAGUCUGCUGCUUCCUCUUGGAGUCAGGUUCACACCAGCUGUUAUGUGUUGUCGUAUGUAAAGUGAAUAAUACAUUAAUUCUACAGACAUCUUCUGUGAUAUAAUCAUAAGUCCUGUGACACUUUAUUUUUCCAAAGUAUUGACAUUCAGUCGGUCUCAAUGUGAGAGUCAGUGGUUUUUUAAUCAUGUCUUUAUUCUUGUUUUGUUAGAGACAAAUCCUUUUUUUAGAAAAAAAAAGAUUAAACAAGUUUUAAGGAGACACAAAGACACAAUCAGUUCUUGCUAUGUCCCACUCAGAAAUACCCAACCAAAUACUGCAAAUGAGAGACUAAUCCUUUAAGCACAAAGAUUACACAUGUGCACAAACUAAGAAAAAGGGGAUUUUUUUUUUUACUCUGAAAACCUUUUCUGAUAAGCACUUAAUCAGAGACUCCGGAGAUGUUUAACAUUACAUGCUGACUCACUGAACCACUAAAAAUAAGAUUUUAGUGGCAUUAUUCAUGCUUGGUAUGUGAAUGAAUGAGACUUAGCAUUUGCUUAUAGCCCAAACAUGAAAGCUGUACCAUAGCUUGGGUGUGCCUGUGAUGUAACACUGUGUGUGUGUGUGUGUGUGUGUGUGUGUGUUUGGUGAUAAUGAGGACAACACAGAAUAAAUUGAAAAUUGUCAGCAAUCUUCUAAUCUAUUUCUCAGCUCCUCAACGUCGGCAUCCAGUUUAGUCAGUCUGUGGUCGAAGCCUAUACAGAAAUAUAAACCGUUUACUAAAUGUGUGAUGAACUCACAGCAACAUAUCAAGUGUCAUUCAAGUGUUACUGUACUGAUUGUCUGAAGUCUAUCUAAAGGCCUUAAUACUCACAUUCAGGAGCAAAUGACAGACUUGAAUGUGGUUUCAUGAAGAGAUUAUGCCUGAAAACUGCCAUGCUAGCGGUUAGAUUUCUCCUUUACUUAACCAGCCCUGGUUAAUGUUUGCUCUUUAUAUUAUUGUUUUUUAUUAUUUUAUCUAUUUAUUAUUAUUUCCAUUUAACAGGCAUAACCACUUCAAUGAAGGCUUAAAAGAAAUUGGAGGCAGUAUCUCUCUGUAUUCCACUGGUUAAUUGUAAGCAUUUACCUACAGCAUGCCUACACCUCUACAGAGGUUUGACAGUGAGAUAAAUGUGGCUAAAUAUAGAGUAACAUCCCACAGAGCUGCCUAUCAAUAACACACCAGAUAUAUGGCUUGAUAUUGUUGCUUCUGAAUGGUGAAGUUCAGAGUUGGCACUAUUACUGUUACCGACUCACAAAUGGUUCUUACUUGAGUCAGUUCAAAUGUUUAUACUGAUUUUUGACAAAUGGAAAAUGCACUGAGACGCGAGGCGGUGGACAUAAGGUUUGGCUCUGUGCAGGGGGUUCUGGAGGAUUAACUGCAGCACUUGCCUAGACUUGCAUAUUAUUCAACAUAAUGUACUGCCAGCAGCCAGCAGCAUUCAUAAGAGAAAUAUGUAUUGCCAAGUCAAAAGGUUCUCCUAUGAUAUAUGCUCAUAUUUAUGUCACGAAAUAAUCCCUGACAAAAAUAGGCAUUAGUAAUUCUUUUUGCGACUUUUUUUGUUUUUUGAACUGUGGCUUGGUGGUUUUCGUGGAUUUUAUGUUUUAAAAGAUGCUUUAAAAGUAGAUCUGGAGUGCUGCACAACAGCACAUUUUAUGGACUAUUCUUUCUCUCAAGUACUGAUCCUGUGAUUUUCAUAGAAAGUGUUUUCUAACUUCCCCUGGCCACAAUAGAUUUCAAACACGGGGCUACUCAAUUUAAAACAUCCUGAAAGAUUGACCUGAAAUGCAUGAGGAGCACUGAUCUAUUCUUUUCAAGAAAUCGUGAGAGCGUGCGUGUGAAAGCACAUUUCAUGGUUAGAGAAGUGAUAACUAGAUCAAUUUUUCUUGGUUGUGUGACUCAGCAGCAUCAUGCGGCUCAGUUCUGUGUAACGUCUUGUACCACUGUUUUCAGUCUUUUGCUUGAAGUGCGGCGGUUUUUAUCUCAGCCUGAUGGAGCAGUUGUUGCCCGCUUUCCUUGUGCUUCAAGUGCUCCGUUGCGUUGGCGGCUAUCCCAGCGGUGCUCCCACUGGUGCCUGUGAGGAUAUGCUGCCUCGCCACUCUGGGGUGCUGCCUCAACCUUCCCCAGCACCCUACGCUCUCCUCACCAACACCAGGACGUUUCAGCCGGGCCAGCCCAUUACAGUGACAAUCAGUGGACCAGUCUACAGAGGUGUGUUGCUGGAAGCCCGAACAGGCAGCGGCACUAACGCUCUGGGGAGCUGGCAACUCCCUCCUCCAGACACAAAGUUUCUUGAGUGCUCAGGGAAUCCACAAGGUGCUGUUACUCAUUCCAACACCAACCUGAAGGGCAACAGCACUGUAUACAGAUGGAUAGCACCCAACUCUACAAGCCCUGUCUACUUCAUGGCCACAGUAGCUCAGCAGCGCACAGUCUUCUGGGUCAAUGUGAAGUCCACCACUCUAGCCAUGGGGAAACCUGGAGGUCUCGGCUUGGCAACGGGUGCAAGUGCUGGAAUGACUGAAGAAAAACCUCUGCUGCUCCUCAUGAUAGGAUUUCUGAUGUUACAGGUGCUGGGGUGAACACAAUGUGAAAAGAAAUUUAUUUCCAGCAAUGUAUUUGACUCCGACUGUUACAAAUCACCGAAACACUUCUCAAAUAAUACAUUUUUCAGACUUAUGGCCUCAUGUCAAAUCGUAUUGAAUUUCACAGAUUUUUCAGAUUUAGCUCAUGAACAUCUGACCGCAGAGAUAUUAAUGUGGCCCCUUCGCUUCAUAUCAUAAAUAUAAUUUCCCCCAUCCCUCUUAACAACAGACUUAUAUCCAUUCACUCACCAUUGACAUAAAUUUUGAAUGUACCUGAGUUGAAAAUGCGUCAUGCAGUCUCGUCCAUAGCUUUUAUGGUGUGUGUUCUGUCAUGUUUAAUACUAACACAACACGUGGAUGUCUGCAGAGAGAGGAACUGGGACACCUUUGCAGACCUGAACCGCCAUUUAAAUCAUUUCAGCACUUUCAAUAAAGUACAUGAAAAGUUCCCUAAAAGGUGAGGUAUGAAUAUAACAACCCAUGGUCAGCCUGGUGAAUCCCUCCCACUUCUAUUACAUUUAACAUGUUACUUCAGCAUAAUGAAAUUGUAUAACACCUAUUCCCUUAUUCUACUUAAUACCCUGCUAUCUGACCUAUGACAAAAUGUGUGUUGCUGUGAACUUCUUGUUGUUUUUGCUUAAUGAAAUAUUAUCACGCUUACUUAUUCUUUGCCACCUGAGUUUUAUUUCUCCCCACAUUUUUUAUUUUUAUUUUAGAUAUCUCACGUAUUUUUGUUUAUAUGCAUCUAUAUUCGAAGUGUCUGUGUAUCUCUUAAUCAAUCACUCAUAAUAA